AUGAAUAAUUAUAAAUUAUAAAAAGUCUUAUUCAAAAAGGUCAAUAAAGGUGUAAUAGUUGAAGAACAUCUCCUCGUUAGAUCGUUGAUAGAUAAACAAUGUUACGUCUUAAAAAGAACAGACAUUAGCAAAAUUAAUAUCGAAAGAUUGAAUGAAAUCGAAAAUCAUCUCAAAAAAUUGAUUAAUGUCAAACAUCCAAGUUUAACCAAAAUUAAGGAAUACUUCAUUGAAUCUUAAUAUCUUGUUUAAGUCUUAGAAUAUUGUGGAGAAUAAAUCUUAAAUGAAAGAUUAAACAAGUAAGUCUCGGUUAAUUUAGUAUGUCAAUAUUUGCUUUAAUUGUUAUUCGCAUUAAAUUACUUAGAAAUGCAACAGAUUAAUGUCUCAAUAGAUUUAGACACAAUCUUUUUAAAUUCCUUUGGAUCACUAAGGAUAUAAUUUGAUUUGCUUUCCAACAAAAAUUGGAGAGAAGAAGUCAAGUAUCUACAGUAAGUUCUAAAGAAAACUAAUUUGGACUGGGAAUCCCAAAAAUCACAUGAACUGACCUAAAUCCUUAAAUCACUUAUGCAGCCGAAUCCACCGAGUGUUUAGUAAAUGAUUAAUCAUCCUUAUUUACUAAAAGCCAUGUUUGAUUUUUGCAAAUAAUAAGAUCUAGAAGCCUUAGCUUAAUUGAAUUAAGAAAAAUUAAUUAAAGAACAAACCAAUAAUAAAAGAGUGGGGAGAGCAUCCACUUCUGCUAAUUAAAAUCGAUAAAAAAUAACCUAAUAAUCCCCUAAUCUAAGGAAGAAUUCAAAGGAUAGACCUUAAACCCAUUAAUAAUAAAAAAAGAAACCUGAACAAUAAUAGAUUAAAUAAUAACCAAUUAGAAAUUAAAUACCUCCAAAACCUACAAAAUAAAGGAAUAACUCUUAAGAUACUGUCACUAAUGAAUCUGUUCUAAAUCAAGAUUUACUAAUGACCAAAGGAAAGGAGGAACUACAGGAACUAUUAAAACUUUACAAAGACUAACUUAAAGAAAGUAGCAAACAAUAUAACCCUUGGUUGAAUAUGUCUGAGAUUAAGGAAAUAACUGAAUAUGAUACAACUACCAACCUAAAUCAACAGUCAUGA